CUCACCAGCUCCCGAUCUUCACUUUUCCGACAUCCUCAUCUACCGAUUGCUCCUCUUUUUUCUGAUCCCUAAUUUUGCAUCUCCCUCUGCCGAUCGCUCCUCUCUACCCAUCACCUGAUCUGGAUCUUCACUUUUCUGACAUCCUCAUCCUCCUCAUCCCAGAUCCGGCAGAGUAGCCUCCAGUCUUCAACGGCAUUGCACAUCUUAACCAAUAAAUUUCACUAUAACAAAGCAUCAUCUGAAAAUGCAGGCAAAACUGUUGACUGAUGUCCAUCAACAAAACUUGGUUUCUGUAGAGGGAUAUUGCGAUGAAGAUGGUAAGGAGGCAUUGAUAUUGGAGUAUAUGUCUAAUGGAACUUUAAAACAACAUUUAUCAGAGAAAAGCGAAAGAGUUUUGAUAUGGAUUCAAAGGCUUCAUAUUGCCUUAGAUGUUGCUCGUGGGUUAGAAUAUCUACAUGGUCGGAAGCCACCAAUAGUCCACAGAGAUUUGAAACCUGACAACAUCUUACUCAAUAAAAACAUGGAAGCCAAGAUAGCUGAUUUCGGACUAUCUAGAGCAUUUGCAACAGAAUCUAUCUCUCAUAUAUCAACUGAACACCUAGCAGGCACAGCGGGAUACAAAGAUCAUGAUUCUUAUAAUACAGGACACAUAAGAAAGGGAAAUGAUGUGUACAGCUUUGGGAUAAUUCUACUAGAGUUGGUCACUGGUAAGCCAGCAAUCAUAACACGAGACAAAGAUGAAUGGAUUCCCCUUAAGAAGUGGAUUGAUCCUUUUGUUAAAAAAGGGGAUAUCCGGAAAAUCGUUGAUCCAAGGCUAAAUGGUGAAUUCAACAUCGGUGUCGCGCGAAAAGUAAUAAAGAUAGCAGUGUCAUGUGUGAAGCGAAUUAAUGAAAGGCCUGACAUUAGUCAAAUAUUGACAAAACUUGAGAAGUGUUUGGAUAUAGAGGUGGGUUUUUCUAGAGCGUUGGAUGAUACCAGCAGACCCAAUAUCCUAGUCAGACUCUACAGAAACAUAAGACAAAGACAAAAAGAGGCCACUAUGAAAUCAAUGGAGGAGCAACAACCACUGAAUUUGGGGAAUAUGAGAAUCUUUACCAGCACAGAGGUUGCUACAAUAACUUCAAAUUUUAAAGAAGUAAUUCAUGAUGGAGGAUUUCAGAAAGUUUACCUUGGCAUUCUAAAUGAUGGCGCUCCUGUUGCUGUUAAGAUUUGGUCUCCAUCAUCAUCAUCAUCAUCAAACCGAGAAUUUUAUGAAUUCCGAACCGAGGUAGAAAAAUUAAGUCUCCUACGUCACAGAAAUGUGGUUUCUGCAGUGGGAUACUGUGUUGGAAAUAUCAAGGCAUUGAUAUAUGAAUUCAUGGCUAAUGGAGAUUUGAGACAGCAUUUAUCAGGGAAAUACGAAAGAAUUUUGUGCUGGAAUGAGAGGCUUCAAAUUGCUAUUGAUAUCGCACAUGGAUUGGAGUAUCUGCAGACGGGCAGCAAGACUUUUGUAGUCCAUGGAGAUUUGAAAUCCAGUGCUAUCUUGUUAAAUGAAAAGAUGCAAGGCAAGAUAGCUGGUUUCGAAUUGGCUCAAUUUUUGCAUGAAGAAUUUGAAGAAAUUAUCGGUGCUUGUGGGACAUCGGGAUACUUGGACCCUGUGUAUUUUCAGACGGGAAAACUAAACAAGAAAACUGACCUGUACAGCUUCGGCAUAAUUUUACUAGAGUUGUUAACCGGAUGGCCUGCUCUCGAGUUCAACUCUUCUCUCGAGUACAACUCCCCUCUGCAUAUAGCUGUUCGGGUAGCGUCUAUAAUGGAGACAGGGGAUAUCAAAAGACUUGUUGAUCCAAGGUUGCAAGGAAAAUUCAAUACCAACACUGCUUCAAAAGUCGCAAAGUUAGCAAUGUCAUGUGCAUCGAGAUCUGCAGACCAAAGGCCAGACUUAAGUCAUGUGCUUGUAGAACUUAAGGAGUGUUUGGCAUUAGAGAUGCAUUCCCAACAAACCGAGGGGAUACAAAUCAUCAUGGAAGAAUCUGACCAGCAAAUCCAGGGGAUACAAAUCGUCAAGGAAGAAUCUGACCAGCAAAUCCAGGGGAUACAAAUCGUCAAGGAAGGAUCACAAGAUUCAGAUUCAGAUGAAUUCUACUUAAGUCCUCGAUAGGUAAUAGUAAAGGCAAAGGAUUUUUUAUUUUUAAGUACACAAUAUUUUCUGUAUGAAUUCUCCAAUGCAUAUAUAUAUAUAUAUAUAUAUAUAUAAAAUGUUCACCAAUAAAACUUUGCUCAAGCCUUGGUUAGUUUUUCUUGUGUCAAUGCAUUAAACACAUUGUCAGAAGUGAAGCAUUUGGCAAGGCCGAGCCCUGAUUGGGGCUGCAAGCAGACAUGCACGGGCGGUGAAGGUGUUGAUCCAAAGGUGUUCAGCUAUACAAUUGGGAAUAACAACUCUUCAUUUCCUCUAUACCCUUGCUUCACUACAAGGUUUAUAUGCAAUGGUGAAGGUGUUGAUCCAAAGUUGAAAUUUAAAAAACUACCAAUUUAUAUUUUUAUAACAUAUACCAUUAUGCAAAUAGUAUUAAUAUCACUUAGUUGAUUACAUUGUCAAUAAAAUCUUUACCUUCAU